AUGCUUAGCACCAUUUUUGGUCAAUCCCCUGCAUCAACUCCAGCUAGAGCAAACGGUAACAGAGGAAUACAAACGGAUUACAAUGAAGCCCCGUCUCGCCCGGCUCUCGAAAUUUCCCGUCCCGCUUCUCCUAUUGCUAAUCCUUCGCCGCGGCUUCGAGCAGGCCAUAGAUGUCGCUUUGUCGAGUUGAUACCUGGCGGCAGACUUGUCUACCGACACCUCUUCCGACUGGACAUUCCCAUCAAUUGCCGUGAUGACUACAACAUCCUGAACGACGCUGCUGACCAGCUGCACUAUCUUACUCGACAAGACGCGGAUGAAGAAGGCCUGCGUCUCAUCUAUGGCAGACGAUUCUGUGUCGAUAUCGCCAUAGAGAUGGAGAGUGACAGGCGGCAGCAGGCCGCCGUCACCUCCGAGUCUCGCCUACGCGCAAUGCAGCAGAUGGCUAUCGACGGUCUCGGAUGGUUCCCCGGGCUGCCCUGGGUGCACCCUCGCUUUGAAGUGCAAUGCCGUCGGGUGGAUGAGUAG